CCGUCGCCCAAAUCCGAAUUGCACGCUGCCUCAACCGUCAAUGCGGAAUAUGACCGGCAGCGCUGAUCUUGAUACCCUCUAUUAUCAUGCAGUGCUACACUGAAUUGGCUCCUCCGACAGCCGUCAGCCACGCAGUGCACCUUCCUUUCCUCUCUUCGAAGGCCAACAAUCUAGUCGUCGCGAAGAACUCCUUGCUGCAGAUAUUCGAGUUCAAAUCGACCGUCACCGAAGUCCCUCAAAAUGGCGGCGAAUUCGCAGACAACGUGUCCCCAAACGUGGAUAUGGAGGCAGCGGACGUGCCUCUACAGCGCACCGAAAACACAGCAAAACUCGUGUUGAUAGCAGAGUUCCCUCUUGCUGGCACUGUGAUAUCGCUUGGGCGGAUAAAGGCACUAAAUACCAAGUCAAGGGGCGAGGCACUGCUGGUGGCUUUUCGGGAUGCAAAGCUGAGCUUGGUGGAGUGGGAUCCAGAGGCCUUCAACCUCAAUACCAUAUCAAUACACUUCUAUGAAAACCCAGACUUGGCGGGUGCACCAUGGGAUGCGGAACUGAAAGACACUUACAACUUUCUGGCAGUGGAUCCCGGCAGCAGAUGUGCCGCACUCAAGUUUGGGACGCACAAUUUCGCCAUCUUGCCCUUCAAACAGCAAGGGCUGGCCGAGGAGGAUUACGACUCAGAUUUGGACCAGCAACGAGCAGAACGCGCCGGCGCAGGGGACGGGAGCAACGGGGAAAGCGUCCCGUAUCUACCGUCUUUUGUGCUUCCCCUGACGCACCUUGAUCCUGCUUUGACUCAUCCUGUCCAUUUGGCUUUCUUGCAUGAGUACCGCGAACCAACUUUCGGCAUCGUGGCGGCGUCUCGUGCUGCGGCUCCGUCUUUGCUAGCUGAGCGGAAAGAUGUCUUGACAUAUACUGUUUUUACGUUGGAUCUAGAGCAGAAGGCCUCUACGACGCUUUUAUCUGUGCAAGGAUUGCCUUACGACAUUUUCCAAGUCGUUCCUCUACCGCUCCCAAUUGGUGGGGCAUUAUUGGUUGGAGGAAAUGAAAUCAUACAUGUGAGCCAGGCAGGAAAGGCGAAUGGAGUGGCCGUCAACGAGCUGGCUAAACUGAGCACCUCCUUCCCUCUAUCAGAUCAAUCGGACCUUUCCUUGAGGCUCGAGGGUUCCACUACCGAAAUUCUAAAUCCGGAUAACGGUGACGUCCUUCUUAUCCUUAAUGAUGGCUCUAUUUUCACUCUCACUUUCACUCUGGAUGGAAGGUCAGUGUCAGGGUUGACCUUGCAGCCGGUCGCUCAAGAUCACGGUGGAAAGGUUCUCAAUUGCCGAUCAUCCUGUGCCGUCAAUCUGGGCCGGGGAAGGCUUUUCAUUGCAAGCGAGGACGCCGACUCUGUGCUUCUGGGCUGGAGCCAUCGCUUCGCCUCUGGCGCAAGCAAACGAGGCCAAGCCGACGCCAACGCAGACGAAGAAGCAAUGUCAGCGGACGAGAUGGAAGAGGAUGAUCUUGACGAUGAUCUCUACAAUGACACUGCUCCAGUCAAGAAAGUCACAAUAGUCUCGGCAGAGCCGACGCCGGAAGGGACGUACGCAUUUAGGAUUCACGAUGUACUUCCUAGUCUCGCACCCAUCAAGGAUGUUGUGUUGAGCUCAAGGGCCGACGCGAGGAGAAUAGACAUCCCCAAUUCGAGCCACAUGCCUGGUGACCUCCUUCUUGCCACAGGGAGAGGGCGUGCCGGCGCCAUAACGAAGCUUGAACAAGAUAUAAUCCCUACAGAUCUAGGUCAAUCUGUACUCAAAUCAGCACGAGGGCUUUGGGCAGUCCAUGCAAAGAAACAGGCGCCUAGUGGUGUAGUCGCCGAUAUCGGACAGGACAUGGAAGCGAACAUAUCUUCUGAUGUUGAUUACGAUCAGUAUCUCGUCGUCUGCCGUGCUGGCUCGAGCGGCACAGAAGAUACUGUUGUUUACGAGGUUAACGGGACUGAUAUUAAGGAAACCUCGAAGGGAGAGUUCCAGCGCGAGGAAGCAUCAACUAUGAACGUUGGGACGCUUGCUGGCGGUACCAAGGUGGUCCAGGUCAUGCGUAGUGAGCUUAGAACCUAUGAUUCCGAGCUUAACAUGGACGAAAUCAUCCCAAUAGAGGACGAGGAAACUGGCACCGAGCUUAGAAUCAUCAGUGCCAACUUUGCCGACCCGUAUCUGCUACUUCUCCUCGAAAACUCUAGUAUCAAGAUUUUCAAAGCAGGCAGUGGUGGCGAAGUAGAAGAAGUCGAAUGCAGUAAUUUGACGUCAGUAAAAUGGCUGUCAGCGUCUCUUUACAAGUCUAAUCUCAUCACUGGUAUCUUCGCCUUUCUCUUGACACCCGAAGGAGCUCUAAAGAUAUUCUCAAUGUCUGAUUUGGACCAACCCGGCUUCGUCGCAGAAGGGCUCACUUUCCUUCCCCCGCUACUCACAGCUGAUUACACCAGCCGGAAGAAUGCUGGAAAAGCUGCUAUUACCGAAAUACUUGCAGCUGACUUGGGUGAUACUGUAUCUAAGUCUCCUCAUCUCAUAGUCCGCACUUCGACAGACGACCUCGUCAUUUACAAGGCAUUCCACUAUCCUCAUAAGGCCGCCUCUGACCCGUGGACGAAGAAUCUGCGGUGGCAGAAGCUUUCCCAACCACGUCUGCCUAGGUAUAGCGAAGAACCCGCCAUGGAAGCAGAGGACGCAGGAAGGGAGAGUACGCUUGUUGCGCUCAGCAAUGUCUGUGGAUAUAGUACCGUUUUCCAGCGCGGAACGUCUCCUUCAUUUAUUCUCAAGGAAGCUUCGAGCGCUCCACGCGUCAUCAGUGUCGCUAGCAAACCAGUGAAAGGUCUUACCAGAUUCCACACGUCGAGCUGCCAAAGAGGGUUUGCAUUUAUCGAUGCAGACGACAACUUCCGCAUAUCACAAUUGCCAGCUGAGACACACUUCGGUCAUCUCGGUUGGGCGGUCCGGCGUUACCCGAUGGCAUCAGAGAUUUGCGCACUUGCCUAUCACCCGAGAGAUGUUUACAUUGUUGGCACAGGGCAGACGGAGGAGUACAUGCUGCCAGAUGAUACGUAUCAUUACGAAUGGAAACCCGAAGAUAUCAAAUUCUUUCCUCGUGUCGAGCGAGGGGUCAUUAAGGUGUACGAUGCGAAGACGUGGACCCUUAUUGAUACACAUAUCCUUGAGCCGCAAGAAGUUAUAUUAUGCAUCAAAACUCUCAAGUUAGAAUAUUCCGAAACCACUCAUGAACGCAGAGCUUUGGUAGCAGUUGGUACUUCCAUAGUCCAUGGGGAAGACCUGGCAACAAAGGGCAACAUACGCAUCUUCGAGGUCAUCACCGUCGUACCAGAGCCUGGUCGACCUGAGACUAACAGACGAAUGAGACUGAUUGUGAAAGAUGAAGUCAAAGGAGCCGUAUCCGCUAUCUCGGAGCUGGGUACUCAGGGAUUCCUGAUAAUGGCGCAAGGGCAGAAGUGCAUGGUCCGCGGUCUUAAAGAGGACGGAACAUUGCUCCCAGUGGCUUUCAUGGACAUGCAGUGCUACGUCACUGUGCUGAAAUCACUGCCGGGCACCGGCAUGCUUUUAAUGGGUGAUGCGUUCAAAGGAGUUUGGUUCUCUGGGUACACCGAAGAACCUUAUAAAAUGAUGCUCUUCGGGCGGAGUCGUAACCGUCUAGAAGUCCUAGCAGCCGAGUUCCUUCCCUUCGAAAAGCAAUUGCACAUCAUAGUUGCGGACGCGGACAUGAACCUGCAAGUCCUACAAUUUGACCCAGAAAAUCCCAAUUCCAUGGGUGGUCUCCGCCUUCUGCACAAAUCCACGUUCCACACCGGCCACUUCCCUUCAACAAUGCACCUAGUACACUCACCGAUGAAAAUGCCGAAUACCUCAGACAUCAUAGGAACCUCGGAUGGUCCCAUGGACGUCGAUUCCGAGGACGCAGGGCCCCUUCAUCAGAUCCUGCACACUUCGCAAUCCGGCACAAUAGCACUCAUCACCCCGCUCUCGGAGUCCUCAUACCGCAAACUCUCCGGUCUGGCGACUUUCCUGGCCACUGCGCUGGAGCCGACCUGCGGGUUGAAUCUGAGAGCGUAUAGGGCUGUGGAAAAUGAGCUUGGGGUUGCAGGCGGCAGUAAGGGUGUAUUGGACGGUAAUCUGCUCAUGAGGUGGGGUGAGCUGGGUGAGCAGAGGAGGAGGGAGGGUCUGACGAAGGUUGGGGCUGAGGAGUGGGUGUUCAGGGCAGAGAGGGAGGUGUUGAGUGGGAGGGGUGUGUUUGGGUCGAGGGUGUAGUUUGGCGAUUGAUAGCGGUGUAUCAAUAGUGGCACUCAUUGAGGCAGGUCAGCUCUGAAGGUCUAUUGACUUCUAUUAGGGCUGCUGCUUUUCUCGCCUUCUAAAGUGUGGAAAGACUUCUGUGAGACUGAUUACGUGGGUCUCAGCGAGCGACCAUGCCAUCUCAACAG